ACGCUCCAAAUGCAUGCUGUGGAAACCUUCCUAUCGAUCAUUUAUUUGCUGCGCCGCAUCGUUACAGCGACUGGAGGUUUACAUACUCAAACUCACUGAAGACGCCAUCACGAUAUCACGAUAACAUCAAAUACAAGUCUCAGAUCAUCUUCUUGACGCGCGCUUUUUAUUUUCUUGCCUCUUACCUUCCAACAUGUCUUCAUCUGUCGUAGAUGCUGCCUUCCCUUUUGCAUCGCUCAAUCUUCCAUCGCCAGAAGAAUACAGAAAACGCAAAGUAGCACUUAUCUCAGGGAUAACCGGGCAGGAUGGAUCUUAUCUUACCGAACUUUUGCUCUCGAAGGGAUAUGAAGUACACGGAAUAAUUCGUCGCUCAUCCAGUUUCAACACUGGUCGUCUGCAGCACCUCUAUGCAGAUGAACAUGAACGACCCAUCAAAUUGAAGAUGCACUACGGUGAUCUGAGCGAUAGUACCAAUCUCGUCUACAUCAUUGCCCAGGUGAAACCCUCAGAAAUCUACAAUCUCGGCGCCCAAUCACACGUCAAAGUGUCUUUCGAGAUGGCCGAAUACACGGGAGAUGUGGAUGGUCUGGGAACGCUCCGUCUCCUCGACGCUAUCCGUACUUGUGGUCUCGAAAAGCAUAUCCGUUUCUAUCAGGCCUCUACAUCUGAGCUCUAUGGUAAAGUUGUUGAGACUCCUCAGAGCGAAACCACUCCUUUCUACCCUCGAUCGCCCUACGGUGUUGCUAAGCUCUACGCAUACUGGAUCACGGUCAACUACAGAGAAGCGUACGGCAUGUAUGCGUGCAAUGGUAUCCUGUUUAAUCAUGAAAGUCCACGUCGAGGCAGGACUUUCGUCACGCGAAAAAUUUCGCGCGCUGUCGCAGAUAUUUCCUUGGGCAAGCAGUCGUGCUUGUACCUCGGAAACAUAGAUGCUCAGCGUGAUUGGGGACAUGCUCGCGAUUACGUUGAAGGGAUGUGGCGCAUGUUGCAACAACCUGCACCCGAAGACUUUGUGUUGGCGACGGGUGAAACACAUCCGGUACGUGAAUACGUCGAAAAGGCAUUUGGCGUACUCGACAUCCAGAUCCAAUGGAGAGGUACUGGCACUGACGAAGAAGGUGUUGAUGUCAAGACUGGAAAGACUGUCGUCAAAGUUGAUCCCAGAUAUUUCAGACCAGCUGAAGUAGAACUUCUGCUUGGGAACCCUGCUAAAGCUGAGCGCCUUCUUGGGUGGAAGCGCAAAGUCGAUUUUGAUUCCCUCGUAAAGGAGAUGGUUGAGGCAGAUCUUCUGGCUUCAAAGAGUCUUGUUGAGGACCAGAACUAAACAUGCGAUCCUUAAUGGGUUGUCAUCAUAACUCCAGUCGCACGUUGAUUGGAGCGAAAAGAGGGGCAUAUUCUCGACCGUUGUUACCUUUUUCUUGUUGUUGUCAGCUUCAGUGCCGACCUAUUCCCCUGAAAGUAGUUGGUGUACGUAUAAGUGAUAAGAUAAUUCAUGGAUUUACAACUGUA